AAGCGGAGUCGAUAGCCGGUCGCUGGGAUUGAGAAGGGAGGAGAGCGAGCGAUGCUUUGGGGGCGGCCGGGCUAGCAGGCAGCGCGUAGUGUGCGGGUCGGUGGUCAGUCAUUCACUCAACAGCGGGGACGCCGACCGUCAUGGAGAAUCAGCUAGGGCGCUGCAAAAUCGUGGUGGUUGGCGACAGCCAGUGCGGCAAGACGGCAUUGCUGCAUGUUUUCGCCAAGGACGCCUAUCCUGAGAAUUAUGUCCCUACUGUAUUUGAGAACUACACAGCCAGUUUUGAGAUUGAGAAGCAACGCAUUGAGCUCAACAUGUGGGAUACUUCAGGCUCAACAUACUAUGACAAUGUCCGCCCCCUUGCUUAUCCAGAUUCAGAUGCUGUUCUUAUCUGUUUUGACAUUAGCCGUCCUGAAACUCUGGACAGUGUCCUUAAAAAGUGGCAGGGAGAGACACAAGAAUUCUGCCCUGGUGCCAAAAUAGUUUUGGUGGGCUGCAAACUGGACAUGCGCACAGACUUGAACACUUUACGGGAACUCUCCAAACAGCGCCUUAUCCCUGUUACACAUGAGCAGGGCAGCAUGCUGGCCCGGCAGUUGGGUGCUGUGGCAUAUGUAGAAUGCUCUUCCAAGGUGUCAGAGAAUAGUGUGCGGGAUGUUUUCCAUGUGACCACACUGGCCUCAAUCAAUCGGAUGCAUAAGCACCUCAAACGCAGCAACUCAAAGCGAGGACUGAAGCGGAUUACGCAGAUGCCCGGACGGACAGAUUUAUUGACUGACCCUGAGAUCCGCAAAGACCGGGCCAAGAGCUGCUCGGUGAUGUGAGGGCGGGCACAACUGCAGAGGGGCUGAAAUAUAGCACUGCCUGUCCAUAUCACUUUGUGUAGUAACUGGGAAUGGAAGGUCUCUGCAUUGAGGGCCACAUUCACCAGGAUGUAGGUCAGAACAAACUAAGGCCUGUCUGGAAGCUGAAUUGGGAGGGAUCUGCCUGAAAUUGCAAAUGCUCAGCAUAGUGCAAAAGCAUCUAGAUGACCCACAGUUGCACAAAACACAAAAAAAUGCUCAGGUAGUAGACAUCUUCCAAAGAAAGGAACACCCCUUCCCUGUAAGAAGCACUGGGGGCGAUAAAUACUUCAAAUCUU